AAAAAAAAAGUAAUUUUACUGUGAGACUAAAUAAUAGAGAGGAAGACUCUGCAAAAUGCUGGUUGUGCGACGCUUUCGAAGACUAAAGCCGUUGAAAUCUUUGGUGCGCUUUUGUGCUACCGAGCUGAUACAUAAGGACACCUUUAUAGAGAAGCUGCGCAAGAGUUAUGUGGAGGAUGAGAAGAGCAAUUUGGUGGUGCCAACCUUUAAGAAGGCAAUGCUCUUCCCAGACGAAAUAGCCAUUAAGGAUGUUGUUGGGGAGUUCACGUAUUUCCAACUCUAUGUAACUGCCAAGAAGCUUUCGAUACAAAUUUCCAAUAUUUGCGGCAGCGCCUCACAAUCGAACGUUGUCUUUCUGAGUCCCAACAACGCCAUGUGGCUGAUUAUCCAGUGGGGUAUAUGGAUAUCGGGACAGGUGGCCGUACCUGUAGAUCAGAACGGACCUCAUGACCAGCUACGUCGUCAGGCCGAGAAUUGUAAGACUAAACUGAUAAUAGGAACACCCGAGUGCGAGGUUACCGUUCAGGAGCUGGCCCAAGUCCUAGAGACGGCCAUUAUAAUAGUGGAUCAUGAUUUUGUGCCAACAUUGGAGAGCGUCUCCUCGACCACGGUGUAUGCCAAGCAGCUGGUGGGCACCAAAGGCACAGUCUUAACCGAAAGCACCCUACCCAAUGAGUUCUAUGCCAAGUCCUCGGCCAUGCUGCUCUACACCCCGGACUGCUCCAACAAUCAAAAGGCUGUGGUCCUUACCCAUCGGAAUGUUGAUGCCCAGCAACGUUCCCUCAUUGCCAGCUGGCGUCUGCGUGCCGGCGACUGCCUCUUCCCCCUCAUCUCCAUUAAUCGCAUGCAGGCCGCCUUCGGGGCACUCCUUAGCAUUGGCGGUAAUCUGAUAUUGCAGCAGAAUUUCGAUAGCCACACGGCCUGGAGCGCCUUGUUGGGCAUCAAUAGUCCCUGUAAGCAGCGAGUGUCCCUGUUUAUGGCCAUGCCCAUCAUCUAUAAGCAACUGAUAGCCGAAUAUGAUAAGAUGUUUGCGCAGGAUCAGCGCAUGGUGGAGUAUAUUAUGAAUCAUUGCAAGACUAAGAUCCGCCUUAUGGGUACCGCCUUUGCUCUGCUGCCGGAUCCGGUCUUUCAUCGCUGGCGUGAGAUCACAGGGCAGAAUAUUUACGAGUUUUAUGGCAUGCUAGAGACGGGUCUGGUGCUGGGACACCCCAUCAAGGAGCAUUGCGAGACCGAUCCACCAUCCACCGCCACCGCAGCAACGGCAGCUCCGGCGCCAGCUCCGGCAGCCUCGGCACCCGUGCCAGCUGUCGAGUAUCGUCCGGGCAGCUUGGGCUUACCUUUGCCGGGCGUAUCGGUGCGUCUGAUGGACAACAGUGGUAAGACUCUGAUAAAACGCCAGAGCUUGCUGAACGAUCUGAAGAGCGACGGCACAGCCGCUUCACCUUCACCGAAAGAGCCGCCGACCUGUGAGGAGGAGAAUCCGUUGCCAUCACAGCUCGUUAAUGCGGCCAUUGGGGAGCUACAAAUAGCGGGCGAUGGCGUUUCCUCAAACUAUCUCAAUCAGAGUGAUAAUACCGAAAAAUUGGCAGACGGAUUCUUUAAGACUAACGAUAUCUGUGCCUAUCAAAACGGUGGCUUCCAGUUUCUGAGCAAAUCGAACGAUGUAUUCACCGUUGGAGGCUACAAAAUUUACGGUUCGGAAAUUAAAAAGGUUCUCAUCACACAUCCCAGCAUUAAGGAUGUGGCCGUCCUGGGUAUACCAAAUAAACUAUGGGGUCAUCGUCUGGGCGUCAUUUGCAUUGUCUCCCCAGAUGCGAAUCUCGAUCUGGAUAGCAUUAAGAGCUAUUGCUAUCGCCAAUUGCCAGUGCAUAAGCGACCGACUGUUUUCAAGACAAUUGUAUCCAAAUAGUAGGACUCUAACCACACCAACCCAUACCCUCCCCCAACCCCCCACCCCUCCCAAAU